CGAUGAAGUGAUCUCAAUUCUCAUGUGAAUGCCUGAACAGUUGGAUUGAGAAAAACACCCGCCGAAAUUCGUUAACCAUCAAAGGCUCAUAACUCAUUGGCAGUUAGAGGCAGGUAAUGCAUCGAAUCGAACAUAACCACGUGGAUUUCCCUUCCUUUGUUGGAUUCCCAAGAUAGGACAAAAUGAAAGUAUGGGAUCUUAAUAUUAUUAGAAUACUAAUUAACUCAUGUUGUUCAUAUUUCAUUACACACUUAGGAUAAUUAAUUAAUUAAACAACAUAGAAACAAGAAACAUAAAAUAAAGAUCAGCUUCAUUUGAACGAUAACAGGAAUCAUAAUUAGAAGGGAAAAGAGGCAAAGCCAAAAAAUAAAAGAAAUUACAAAAAAAAUAAGAUAAAAAGAAAGUAGGGUGUAGCAAACAUAGUGGGGCCCUUUUUCUUUUUGUUUUGUUACUGUUAUAUAAUUGGCUUCUUUAGUUGCCUUUUUAUACCAAACCCUACCUUCACAUUUUUGCUCUCCCAACUUCUUCAUUUCUUUGUCUCUCAAGAGAAGUUUUUCUCUUAGCUUCCUGGAGAGAAAAGCAAGCUCAAGAGAGGACAUAGAGAAAAGAAGUUGAUCAUAAAUGGCUCCUGUUUCAUUGCCUCCCGGUUUUCGGUUUCAUCCAACAGAUGAAGAAUUAGUAGCUUACUAUCUUAAGAGGAAGAUUAAUGGUCGUAAGAUUGAUCUAGAGGUCAUCCCUGAAGUUGAUCUCUAUAAGUGUGAACCUUGGGAGUUGCCAAGUAAAUCUCUAUUGCCAAGUAAGGAUUUGGAGUGGUAUUUCUUUAGUCCUAGAGAUCGAAAGUACCCGAAUGGAUCAAGAACUAAUCGUGCAACGAAGGCCGGUUAUUGGAAGGCUACAGGGAAAGAUCGAAAGGUGAACUCACAAUUGCGAGCCGUAGGGAUGAAGAAGACGUUGGUGUACUAUCGAGGAAGAGCACCUCAUGGCCAUAGAACUGGCUGGGUCAUGCAUGAGUAUCGCCUUGAUGAGAGGGAGUGUGAAGUUGUUUCUGGUUUGCAGGAUGCCUAUGCACUAUGCCGAAUAUUCAAGAAAACAUCACCGCCUACCCCACCGAAGAUUUCACCGCAGUAUGCAGCUUACACCACAAAUAUGGCUCAAAUGUCAAGUGAUCAACAGUCCUCAAGCAUGGACAUGUACUCCGAGGGAAGAUGUGAUGACUUCGAUAGCUCCGCCUACUCGGUACCAAUUGAGAGAUGCUCAAACAAUAACUUCAGUCGAGGCUAUGCAUCAUCUUCUUCGUCGCAGCAUCGUAAUAAUAUGGGUGAUGGCCAAUGGUUGCAGUAUUUAAAUGAUCAAGAAGGUUUCAGCUUUCCAACCCCAACUUUUCAAAAUUGCGCCUCCAACGUCCCAUAUCCUCCCUCUAAGGUUGAUAUUGCACUAGAGUGUGCAAGAUUGCAGCACCGUUUCUCAUUACCACCUUUGGAAGUAGAGGGAUCUCCAAACUUUGGAGCAACGAAUCUCUCUGAUAUAGAACUGUGUCAAACAUUUUUCAACAAUGGCAGUACAAAUACCGGAGGCGAUAUCCUAGAUGAAAUCCUUUCAGUAGCUCAAGCUCAACAAGAUCUGAUUAAUCAAUCCAAUUCUAACCCAGUUAUGAUGGGAGGACAAAGCUACAACAGCAACAACUAUGUUGAUCCAAUGAAUCAAUUAGCGAGCUCGUCGACGCCGGUAAUGGACAAUACAUGGGAGGAUAUGAACACCAACAGGUUGGUUGGAAUGGGAAUUGUAGAUGAACUAAAAUCGGAGAGGAUGGUGGACUUUUCAGAUUUGGUUGUUUUUGGAGAAAGACAUUCGGAUAAUAAGAAUUCCGAGAGAGACUAUGGUAUCAUCCCUAUAGACAGCACAUCAACAUUAUUCCAAGGUGACCAUAAUAUGCAAGAUGAUAACUCCAAGAGCUUCAUGAACGACAAUGAUAUAGACAACUUCUCAAGCACUCCAAGCUUUGAGGUCUUCGAGGAAGUCGAGGUGAACCAAAGCUUGUAUGUUUCAUCACAUUGGUUAGCCGAAACCCGAUUUCACCACGUACAACCUACCAAAACAGUUCAAGUUUACUUGCAACGUGCAAUAGGAUUGCAAAACACAAGCAUUGAGUUGUUUGAAGUUGAAACUUGUAGAAAAUCAUCAUUUUUCAACAAAAUGGUGGGAUUUGCCACUAAUAGUUUCAAAGGAACUGGGAAGUUGUUAUCAACAAGAGUGAUUAGUGACAUGAAGACGUUGUAUGUGGAAGAUAAUGAAUUUUUUGGUAAAUUAAGUAGCACCAGAUAUAGGGCUGCUUGCUUUGCCAACAAGGUAGUGAAUAGGGUUUGGCCUUCACUAACUGUUGUUUUGGCUCUUUGUACCAUAUGGGCUAACCAUGUUAUACCCUCAGCUUAAUUAGGUUUCUAUAUUAACAUAAUUGAUUUAAUUUUUCAAACAUAUACAUUUUAGGUUAUUCCUUAUUCAAGUAAGGUGUUAAAUCCACCAUUGCUAGGAUAUUAUUGUAAUUUUUCUAAGAACAUACAAUUCAAACUACUUGAUCCUUUAACAAGUAGUAAUUAACAUUACCUACUGUAACACUAAUAGAAGUAAAGCGUCAAGGUGUUACAUUACACACCAAAAAACAUUUAUGCAGUCAGAUUUGUCUCUCUCAAAUGUAACAAAGAAAUUCAUCUUUAAUUCAUAUUUUUCAUUUUCAA